CUCCGCCGCGUUCAUUGCUUUCCCCACAAACUCUCCUCUCCUCUCCUCUCCUACAGAUAAAGCUUCGUCAAUUUUUGUCUCUAUCUGAUCAAUACCGCGAAAAGAUCCCAGUGAUGUUGAGCUUGAGGCCAGGAGGAGGAGGUCGUGGAGGAAGCAGACUCUUUGCCCCGCGUUCUACCUUGUCUUCUUCUUCCUCUGAUCUUACCAAUGGUGAAGACGCUCCUUCAUUCGCCGUUAAGAGAGGUGACUCGAGAUUUGAAGGUCGUGAGAUUGUGCGGUUCACCAAAGAACAGCUUCUUCAGCUUAAAGAGACGAGCCAAGUCUCUGAUGAAAUCCUGAAGCUCGCUCAGGAAAUUGCAUCUGAUCUUUUUGGCCAAGAGCAGAGCUGGGCCCGUUCAGAAAUUAAGCCUGCAGCUCAACCUCAAAAUCGUUACUCAGAGACUGAUAACCGUGAUUGGCAUACUCGUGCACCAAUUCCUUCCCCAAGUAAAGACAGGUCAAGGGAGGACCAACGCCAAUCUAAAGAUUCGUAUGCUGGAUCAAACCAAGGGUCUGGCCCUCCUCCUGCCCUGGUGAAAGCAGAGGUCCCAUGGUCAGCUAAAAGAGGAACUCUUUCAGAAAAGGACCAAGUCCUCAAGACCGUUAAAGGUAUUCUGAACAAGAUGACUCCUGAGAAGUAUGAUCUUCUUAAAGGUCAAUUAAUCGACUCUGGCAUCACUUCUGCGGAUAUUCUAAAGGGUGUGAUCCAGCUGAUAUUUGAGAAAGCCGUUCUGGAGCCCACAUUUUGUCAGAUGUAUGCUCUUCUGUGUUUUGAUAUCAACGGAAAGCUGCCUUCGUUCCCAUCGGAGGAAGCCGGUGGAAAAGAAAUAACAUUCAAAAGAGUGCUUUUGAACAAUUGCCAAGAGCAAUUUGAAGGCGCUGACAAAUUGAAGGAGGAAGUCAGACUGAUGACUGAUCCAGCCCAAGAAAUGGAGCGCAAGGACAAGGAGAGAAUGGCCAAGCUCAGAACUUUGGGAAAUAUCCGUUUGAUUGGUGAACUUCUGAAGCAGAAGAUGGUGCCUGAGAAGAUCGUCCAUCACAUCGUCCAGGAGCUUUUAGGAUCCGACAGUAAAGUUUGCCCAGCUGAAGACGAUGUAGAGGCUCUUUGUCAAGUUUUCAUCACCAUUGGAAAACAACUCGACGAGAGCCCGAGAUCACGAGGUACAAACGACAUGUACUUCAACCGUUUGAAGGAACUAGCAAUGCACCCCAUGCUAGCGCCACGCUUGAAAUUUAUGGUCCGUAAUGUUGUUGAUCUGCGAGCUGACAAGUGGAUACCAAGGCGUGAGGAGAUGAAAGCCAAGAAAAUCACUGAGAUUCACUCCGAGGCAGAAAAGACUCUUGGGUUGCGCCCUGGUGCAAUGGCGAAUAUGAGGAAUAAUAACAACCGUGGUGGUGCGGAUGGUACUUCAGCUGAUAUUCUAGGCUCUGGAAACUUCCUUGGACGUUCCGGUACUGGAGGAAUGAUGCCUGGUAUGCCAGGGGGUAGGAAGAUGCCGGGGAUGCCUGUAACGGAUGAUGAUGGCUGGGAGAUGGCACGGUCCCGCUCCAUGCCCAGAGGAAAUAGGCAGAAUCAGCAGCCCACUGGGCGUGUUCAGUCUCCUGCUAUGAUUAACAAGUCACUGUCAGUUAAUUCAAGGCUCCUACCUCAGGGAAGUGGUGGUCUCUUGAAUGGUAAACCAAGUGCCCUAUUGCAAGGCGGCAACAGUGCCGAACCGCCUAAAGCUGUUAUUGCCCCGGCCAAACCAGCUGUAGAGAAGCCACAACCACAGCCACAUGAGGCGGUUGCUCCUAUGGCUACUAGCUUGAACUCUGAAGUGCUCAGCAGAAAAACCAAGUCGCUUUUGGAAGAAUACUUCAAUGUCCGUCUGUUGGACGAGGCAUUGCAAUGCGUAGAGGAACUGAAAUCCCCAUCUUACCAUCCCGAGCUCGUCAAGGAAGCUAUCUCCCUCGGAUUGGAGAAGAACCCACCGUGCGUUACACCAGUUGCGAAUCUCUUGGCACAUUUGGUCUCUAAGAACGUUCUAACUCCUAAAGACAUAGGGAGCGGUUGUCUGCUUUACGGGUCUAUGCUUGAUGACAUUGGAAUCGAUCUGCCAAAGGCGCCAAACAACUUUGGUGAGAUCCUUGGGAGUUUGGUUAUGGCCAAUGCAUCGGGUUUCGAGAUGGUGAAAGAGAUUCUAGUGAAAAUGGAGGAUGAAUGGUUCAAGAAAGCAGUAUUGGAAGCUGUGAUAAAGAAUGUCAGCGACUCUCUGUUGGCAACGCAUGCAGCUGAAGUCGAGGCAUGCCGUAGUUUGGUGUAGAGCAUUAUGUGCUAUCUUCUCAAUUCGUGUUUUGAUCAGUAAACAGGUGAGCUCCUUCCUCGAACCAUUUUCUAAGAACAUGUCGAGUUAAAUACCAUACUGGUAAUCGAGAUUAGUUACAAUCUUGUUACAUGGUUUUGUUUUUUCUUGAAUUGUGAAUUUUCUUUUUUGGUGCCUACAUCUUGGUUUUGAUUAGUUCAAGAUGCGUAAGACGGUGAUUCUAUGUUCAAUGGUAGAGUGUUUUGACAAUUUUGGAAUUAAAUUUUUUAUUUAAUA